AUAAUUGUUGCACGCCGCGAGGUGCAUCUCGGUCCCGCUGAUAAUUGUUACCUCCUUCCGCGCGACUGUAAACCCACGACGUCGCGCCGGACGCGUAUAUCGGGCAACACCAAACGAGUGAGAAUCCGCGUUCGUCACGUCGCCCUCGACCGACCUCGUUAUCGACUGACCUCCUUCACCUCGUCCGCGGCCAAGCGGCAGCCACAGAAAUUACUGUGAUUACCGGGAUAUACGAGAGCUCGUGCAAAGCACACCGAGCGGACUACCGCCGCAGCCGAUGCACUUUCAGACGUCAUCCGAGAAGCGUUUCCUCGCUCGCACAACUCUGGACGGGACAUCCCGGCCGAAUCGCGAUUGCCGAAGAAGCAAAUCGCCGGCCGGCGCGAAGAGCACAAUCGAGAAUAAUCUUUUAGAAUUGCAGUGAAUUCUUGAAAAAUAAAGACACGCGAUUCUUAAAGCAAAAAUAUCAAAGAUGAAUUGCGCUUAUCAGUAUUCGCAUAACGGACACCCGCAAAAUGUGAUGACAAUCGCGCCGGCAGUGCCGCAACAGGCUCUACAUCCCGUCGAGGAAACGGAAUAUUUCGAGGAUCAUCCGGGGCUACGAGGCACGCCCUUAGCCAUGCUGGCGGCGCAAUGCAACAAGCUAAGCAGCAAAAGUCCACCACCACUGGCGGACGCAGCCGUGGGUAAGGGUUUUCACCCGUGGAAGAAGAGCCCGCAGAGCAGCGGCAGUUCGCCGCAGCACAGCGGCGGUGGAGGCGGCGGGGGCGGAGGAGGAGGAGGCGGCGGCGGUGCCGGCGGGUGCACAACGACGGGAGUGAGCCAGAGACCGGUGGCGACAAGCAGCGCCGGCAGCACGACCGGUGGUUACGCUAGAGCGCCGGUGACGUCCUGCGCCUCGACAGCGCCGCAAUACGGUAGCGAAUUAUAUUUCCCCGGAACGGCGAGCGCCCAGCCGGCCGGUGAUCCCCAUCACCAUCAGAGCAGUCUCCUGGGCAAGGUCGAGGGCGCGACCUUGGGCUCGGUGUACGGCAGGCAUCCGUACGAGUCGUGGCCGUUCAACGCGAUGCCGGGCGCGACGCACGGUGGAAUCAAAGCGAGCGACGGUUGGUGGGAUGUGCACGGGGCCGCGACCGCCGGCGGGUGGCUGGACGUGAGCAGCACCGUCGGCGUCGGUGUCCACGCGGCGCAAAUGGCCAAUUACUCGGCCGACUACUCGACGAGCCUCGCGCUCGCCGGCAAUCACCUGCUGACCACGGCCACGACGGCCGGCCACAAUCUCCUGCAAGACACUUAUAAAUCAAUGCUACCGGGCGGUCCUCCUGGAUUCGGACUGCAUCACCACGCGGCUGCCACGGCAGGCGCCGGCGCCGGUGCCGGCAGUCCUCAGGGCGGCGGCGGCGGCGUCGGCGUCGGAGCCGCCGGCGUCAGCCAGGCGCCAUCGCCACGCUCGCAGAGACGCUACACCGGGCGCGCUACCUGCGAUUGCCCGAAUUGUCAAGAAGCCGAGAGACUCGGUCCCGCCGGCGUGCACCUGAGGAAGAAGAACAUCCAUAGCUGCCACAUACCUGGUUGCGGCAAGGUCUACGGGAAAACGUCGCAUCUGAAGGCCCACUUACGGUGGCACACUGCGGCACCUUCGAACCCACACCGGCGAAAAGAGAUUCGCCUGCCCGGUCUGCAACAAGCGGUUCAUGCGCAGCGACCAUCUCGCGAAGCACGUCAAGACCCACAGCAGCAGCAGCAGCAGCAGCGGCAGCAAGGGCAAGGGGGGAGCGGGGAGCUCGUCGGCCGAGUCCUGCUCCGACAGCGAGGACAACGGGAGUCAGCAGAGUCCCACUUCCAGCUCGGUGCCGCAGCCGCAGCCGCCGCAGCAGCAGCCGGCACAGGCCCAGCAGCAGCAGCAACAGCAGCUGGCGGCGGCGGCGGCGGCGGCAGCGGCGGCGGCAGCGGCGGCGGCGGCGGUGGCGGCGGGCCAGGACACCAGCAACACCACCUCCCCCACGACCACCACCACCACUCUCGGCCAUCAGCCGACAACACCCAUGACUCCAAUACAGAUGACCCCACCGCCUCUGACCCCACACCAUCCCCACCACCCGCAUCUCCCGCCUCUAAUGCACCAUCCUCAUCAUCACGCAGCCUCCGUGCCGGCGGCCCACCACCCGCACGCGGGGAUGAGCAUGCACUGAGCCCGGUGGGGCCCGGAGCCGGUGCCUGCAGUACCGCUGCCGCAACGGCCCUGGGCUCCCCCCUAUCCUACCCCCUCAACCUGAAUCUCAUGCAGAAUCACGCGACCAUGAAUCCAUCCGCACCCCAUCACCAUCACCAACAACACCAAAAUCACCAUCACCAUCACCAUCACCAUCAUCACCAAUCGCACCAACAGCAACACUCGCGACAAAAUAACACCUACUCCGUACAACAAAAUCCUGGCACGCCGGGGACCGCGCAGACUCCCUCACCCUCGUCCCCCGCGCCUGUACAUAGUCUCUAAGCGGUUACGAGCGCACUCGCGUCCAGCAACCGGUCACGAUCCACCGCACGUCCGUCCGCCGCGUUCAUACACGCAGGCACGAAUGAUACACACACGCAGACACGAGAGUACACACGGAGAUGUACACACGAUAUCUGGCUCCCCGUCCUGGUUUCGAUUACAAAUCUGGUCCUCGUAACGCACGCACGUGGAUAUUUCAGGAUUUUUUAUUUGUACAUAAUAUAUAUAAAGUGUGUGAAAGAGACAGGGAGAGAGCAAGAGAGAGAGCGAACGAGGAUGAGAGAGAAAGAGAGAGAGAGAGAGAGAAUCAAUGCUAUAUUAAUUAAGCGGUGUAAUGUUGUGUAAAAAGUAACCCGUAUAAAUAUAUAAAUAUAUAUAUAUAUAUAAAUAUAUAUAUAUAUAUACAUACAUAAAUAUGCACUGUCGCGUUGUACCAUACACCGGCAAAACACUUCGCGCCCUGCCGACUCUUCUCUUCCGUUUAUUUUUGGAAGGCAAGAGACGGAACAAAUUAAAGAGAAACGACCAUGGAGUAUGGACAGGUUCCAAACGAUUUCAUACCAUACAGAGCCUUGAACAUAUUAUCUAACGAAAAAAAGAAAGUUUUCUUAGUGAUUUUGAAAUUCUUUCCAGGCAAAGUCCAUCUUUGUUGAUUACGUUUGGAACUUGGACUCGAACGAUGACCCAUAUCAGCCCACCUACACCUUUUGGAUGUAGUAUCGCACUAUUAUCAAUGAAUUAGUGUAUUAAUUAUUAAUUAUUAUUAUUAUUAAUUAUUAUUAUUAUUAUUAACUCCU